AGAGAGAGAGAGAGAGAGAGAGAGAGAGAGAGAGAGGUGGAGAUAUUUCGAGGAGGAGGUAAAAAAAAAAAGCGCCUCCUCCCUGCCUUUCCUCUCCAUUUGGGCGGAAUCAAUCGCGGGCGGCAAUCCGCGGGGGGGCGGCCGUCCGUCUCGUCGUGUUCCACGACGCGGGGGGAGCUGCGGUUUUGGCCCAGGAAUCGCGCCCGAAUCCCGCCUGGAUUUCAGGUCGUAGGAGAUACAUACUUUUUAAUUGUUGUGUGUGAUUUGCUGAAUGGGGGAUCAUGUUGCGGUGGAUGUUGUGGGGAUCAUGGAGCCCCGGGCUGGCGCCGGGGAGGGAGCGGGCGAGGAGGUAACGGAGGCGCUGAUUGGGAUGGUGGAAUGCCGCAUUUGCCAGGAGGAGGACCUGGCCAAGAACCUCGAGAGCCCCUGCGCUUGUAGCGGUAGCCUCAAGUACGCUCAUAGAGAAUGUGUUCAAAGAUGGUGCAAUGAGAAAGGAGACAUAGUCUGUGAAAUAUGCCAUGUGUCAUACAAGCCUGGUUAUACUGCCCCACCACAGGUACAUCAUGAUGAGACUACUAUAGAGAUCAGCAGUGGAGAUUGGUCCAUCUCUGGCAAUCGGCUGGAUCUACAUGAUCCUAGAAUCUUGGCUAUGGCUGCUGCUCAACACCGUUUACUUGAAGAUGAGUAUGAUGAAUAUACUGCAACGAACAAUAAUGCUGCUGCCUUUUGCCGCUCCAUAUUUCUGAUUCUAAUGGCUCUUCUACUCUUAAGGCAUACACUAACCAUUACUAGUAGUGAUGAUGAAGAUGAUGCAUCCGCUAUUUUCUCGUUGUUUCUUUUGCGGGCUGCUGGAUUUUUGCUGCCAUGCUACAUCAUGGCUUGGGCUAUUAGUAUCAUGCAACGUCAAAGACAAAGACAGGAAGAGGCAAUGCUAUUACCGACUGAAGUGGCGAUUAUACUACACCGAAAUGGAAGGACAAUGCAAUUUGCCGUAGCACCAGAAUCUCCUACCGCGCCUCAUCCAGAACAAGGGCAAUAGAAUUUGCCAGCAACAGGCACAUCUUGUGAGGGCAUACAAGAUACCCUUGAGCCUUCUACAUCCGUGGUUAAGGUGAAAGCGUAAAACUACCAGUACACUGCAAGCCUGUUGCACCAGCCACUUUUAAUGGCCAAAUUGCAGUAAAAAUUGCGUGUCUACCUCAGAGAUUUGCAUAAACUUUGCAGCUGGGCUUGAAUGCUUUUGUGAUUGGCUUCCAGCUUCUGUACAUAAAGAGAUUCGUUCAAUAAAUGAAUAUAAGCUAAAUUGACAAAAAAAGAAGAAAAACUGCGCCAGUUUGGUUUACUAAUUUC